AUGUCCGGCGAAAACUCCCGCACUAGCAGCAAUGGCGCUGUCCAGACUAUCAACAGCGUGGGUAUGGGACGAUUACACGGAAAGAACGCAAUUGUCACCGGAGCUGCUGGUGGAAUCGGUCUCGAGACAUGUAUCCUCUUUGCCAAAGAAGGCGCCAAUGUACUCAUGGCAGACAUUUCUGCGCCAGCUCUAGAAAAGGCAUCAGCCAAGCUUCAACAGCUGGUACCAUCUGCUCAUAAAGUGGAAACACAAGUGUGUGAUGUCUCAAAAGAGACUGAUGUCCAGAAGAUGGUCGAGCAUUUGGAUUCAUGGGGUGGAAUUGACAUCAUGUUCAACAACGCCGGUAUCAUGCAUGCCGAUGAUGCUGAUGCUGUUGACACCCCAGAAAAGAUCUGGGAUCUCACUCAAGCCAUCAAUGUGAAAGGUGUUUGGUUUGGCUGCAAACACGCCGUUCUAUCUUUCAGAAAGCACAACAAGUCCAGAGGUUCAGUUAUCAACACCGCUUCCGUAGUAGCUCUUGUCGGCUCGGCAACUCCUCAAUUGGCUUACACAGCUAGCAAGGGAGCUGUCCUAGCCUUGACCCGAGAGCUCGCUAUUGUGCACGCCAGAGAAGGUUUCCGAUUCAAUGCUUUGUGUCCAGCACCGCUAAACACACCAUUGCUCCAAGAUUGGCUUGGAGACGAUAAACCAAAGAGACUUCGACGAGAGAUCCAUUUCCCAUCCGGUAGAUUCGGUGAGGCUAUUGAGCAAGCAAAUGCUGUUUUGUUCCUUGCAAGUGAUGAGUCGAGCUUCAUCAAUGGUCAGGACUUUGUUGUCGACGGCGGUAUGACUAAGGCAUAUGUCACUCCUGAAGGACCACCACUUGCUGCACCAAAGAACAACGCUUUACUUUCACAACAGGUCGAUGCUAUUCGAGGCACUGGUGUUUAA